AUCUUACCUACAUGCCCAAUGUUCCUGUUGGUCUAGCCUCAGCAGCAGAGCUUUAGCGGCAACCUGCCGUACAUACGAGUUACCGUUAAGAUGACCCACGCUGACCUACCCUCCCGGAUUAGGGAGGCGAUCAAAGAACCACAUGGAAAGGUUAACCAUCUCAACACCGCCCGCAUCCCUCUCUGCCUUCCACCUGAGGCCAGAACCCCUCUGCUAUAUACACUGGGACUAUUGCGCUACGCAGAGAUCUACCUGGGCUUAGAGAAGGUGUGGCUCGCCGAGAUUGGAGACCCUAUCCACUGGAUACAAGGUACCAGCGACAAUAUGGACCCCAACACAAGUGGCAGGGAGAGGAUACAGACUGUAUUGCGACUACUAUACCUUCCUGAACUUCUACGUACAAAGCGCUUCGAGGCCGAUUUUCUUGCCCUCCAGUCUCUGGAUCCAAACAUUUCCAGCCUAGGCGCAGGGAAAGUAACUGCUGGAAGCCAAUUCCGACAGUAUAUUGAAGAAGACCUUCCAACAAAGCCGCAUCUCCUUGUGGCAUACAUAUGGAUCAUGUAUCAAGCAUUAUUCAAUGGAGGACGAUUUAUUCGAAUGCAGCUACUGAAAGCUGGUCCUGAAUUCUGGGGUCUGUCUGCGAGAUCAAUGAAUACUGCCGCCCUUCCAGUGCCCCUUUCGUUUUGGCAUGUGGACGAGGAGGAAGUUAUUAAGGCGAGCUUCAGAUCCCGUCUGAACAUGGCGGAUAAGCUCUUGACAGAGACGGAGCGUGAAGAGAUAAUACAGGAAGCAGUGGAGAUUCUUCGCCGCUGUGAGCUUAUUACACUGCAACUCGAUGCGGAUGUCCAUGUAGAAAUGCUAGCAUAA